UUCCACCGCUCACAGCUCGGCAGGCAAGCAAAGUUCAGCGCAGCGAGCAGUCCGCACAGCAGCGGCCGCCCGCCCGCCCGCCACCCCUCAGCACAGCCGAAAGGGAGGAGGGGAGGGGGAAGCAGAGAGAGAGAAACAAAUUAACGCACAACAAACCCGAGGACGCUGCUGCCCUUUGGCCACUUUCCCAGCCGUUUGCAGAAGAUUGCCCAAGUUCGCCCCCACCCCCAGAAAAAUGCAACUUGACUUUUAAUGGGUAACGCAAGGUGAGCAGCAAGACACAUGCGGGCACAAAUAAUGCAGGCACCAGUGAGCGCCGCGCCAAAAAGCCAAGUAAAUAAUCUAGGAUUGGAAACAAACGAACACAGACCCCUGUCACCCGCGGGUAUGAGAAGUGGAGGAGCGCUUUGACAAUUGCAGCUGGAGAGAGCUGCAAGAGAGGGGCAAGUUUGGGACUUUGAGGUUUUGGCUGGAUUAUGGCACCUUCGCUGCGAAAACAGUCCCCCUCCAGGUACAAAGCCACGAUCGAGUCCCCGGCACAGUCAUGACAAGCCCGCUGCAAGAGUCUUGAUCUACAUUGGAUUGCUGUCAAAACCUCAUACUCCACACAUAUAAAACACACUGACUUGCUCCGGCGACUUCCAUCCAGGUUUGGAUGUUCUUGAGUGUUUCAACGUCAAGGCUUCCCCGUGUAAUGUUGGCAUAUUUAGUUUAAUUGAAAAAGGGGAGGGUAGGUAUUCACCACCCCCCCUUUUAAAAAAAAAACGCAAUUAAUUUCGACAUUUAUAUGCUGGCUUCGCACUUGGCGUUAAAACCACAACCGGUUUCUUUACUCGGGGGGGUGGGAAUGAACCUGUGGCGGCCGCGCUGUAAGAAAAAAGGACAAUAAAUCGAAAUGAAGGAAAAAUCCAAAAAUGCUGCCCGAACGAGACGGGAGAAGGAAAACAGUGAAUUUUACGAACUAGCCAAAUUGCUGCCGCUGCCGUCUGCAAUAACAUCACAGCUCGACAAAGCUUCCAUCAUAAGGCUGACAACCAGUUACUUGAAGAUGCGGGUGGUUUUCCCUCAAGGACUAGGGGAGGCCUGGGGCCAGCCCAGCCGCACUGGCCAUUUGGAUAAUGUCGGCCGAGAAUUGGGAUCUCAUCUGCUACAGACGCUGGAUGGUUUCAUCUUCGUGGUUGCUCCAGAUGGGAAGAUCAUGUACAUUUCCGAAACGGCGUCAGUUCAUCUGGGGCUGUCACAGGUAGAGUUGACCGGGAACAGCAUUUAUGAGUAUAUUCACCCAGCUGAUCACGAUGAGAUGACUGCAGUUCUAACAGCCCACCAGCCCUACCACUCUCACCUCGUUCAAGAAUAUGAGAUUGAACGUUCGUUUUUCCUGAGGAUGAAAUGUGUCCUAGCAAAGAGAAAUGCCGGCUUGACGUGCGGUGGUUACAAGGUCAUCCAUUGUAGUGGCUAUUUAAAGAUACGCCAAUACAGUCUGGACAUGUCGCCUUUCGAUGGAUGUUAUCAAAAUGUUGGAUUGGUCGCAGUUGGCCAUUCACUGCCUCCCAGCGCUGUGACAGAGAUUAAACUGCACAGCAACAUGUUCAUGUUUCGAGCCAGCCUUGACAUGAAACUUAUAUUCCUUGAUUCCAGGGUAGCUGAGCUGACCGGGUAUGAACCUCAGGAUUUAAUAGAAAAAACUCUCUACCAUCAUGUACAUGGGUGUGACACGUUUCAUUUGCGCUGUGCCCAUCAUUUGUUGCUUGUUAAAGGACAGGUAACAACAAAGUAUUAUCGGUUCCUUGCAAAGCAUGGUGGCUGGGUUUGGGUACAAAGCUACGCAACUAUUGUCCACAACAGCAGAUCGUCAAGGCCACACUGCAUCGUCAGCGUCAACUAUGUCCUCACGGAUGCAGAAUACAAGGGGCUGCAACUUUCGCUGGACCAAGUAACAGCAACAAAGCCACCGUUUCCAUACUCAAACUCAACCCCGACCAUCACUGACUCCAGAAAGGCAGCCAAAUCUCGCCUGGGCCGAACAAAAUCCAAACUAAGAGCAUCACCAUAUCCACAGUACUCUGGAUUCCACACAGAGAGAUCCGAGUCGGACCACGAGAGCCAGUGGGGUGGAAGUCCACUGACGGACAAUGCCUCCCCCCAGUUGCUGGACCAUACAGAAGGACAACAGCCUCAAGCCCAGCACAAUAUCAUAUCCUGCGCCUACGGACAGUUCUCGGACAGAAACUCUCUGUGCUACGGCUUUGCACUGGAGCACUCCAGGUCGGUGGAGGAGAGGCAAACGCAUAUACACGCGUCUCCCUGUGAGGGCGGGCGGUGCGAGGCCGGCAGAUACUUCCUCGGAGGCUCGCAGUCAGCGAGGGAGAACUGGUGGAGCUCGUCCCGUAUGACACUGGCCCUGGCAAAAUCAUCUCCGGAGAACAGAGACGGAUAUGAAAGCAGCAUGCCACACAUCGCCUCUAUCCCCACUAUUCACGGAAGAGGACACUGGGACGAGGAAAGCGUGGUCAGUUCGCCGGACCCCUGCUCUGCCAGUGAGUCGGGCGAUAGAUACCACAACGAGAGGUACCAGAGCAGCCCGCACGAGCCCAGCAAGAUUGAGACUCUAAUCCGAGCCACGCAGCAGAUGAUCAAAGAAGAGGAGAGCCGGCUGCAGAUGCGCAAGGCUGCCUCCGAGCAAUUGCAGACUAUGAACGGCAUGGGCAAGGUUCACGCCGCCUGCUUCAACGUGAGCUACCAGCAGCAGCAGAUGACCGGUGUGGUGUGUCGUGCCCCACUGGCGACCAACACAUCCCCCUGCGAUCACCUCCAACAGAGGGAAGGAAAGAUCAUGAGUUCUCACGAGAGUGAGUACCACGGCAGCCCAGUCUCACUGUCCAGAAUCAGCAGCCCCCAUACUGAGCGGAUCUCCAAGGGCAAUGUUGCCUUGGGUAAGGACUACCUGGCUUCUGACCUGUCCCCUCAUCAAACAGGGGGCAACUGCGCAUCCUCCCCAAACUAUUACUCCACCCACCACCAGCAGUACUUUGAUAAGCAUGCGUAUGCGCUGACUGGCUAUGCCUUUGAACACCUGUAUGACACCGAAGCCAUUAAAAACUACUCUCUGGGCUGCAAUGGCAGUCACUUUGACGUGGCCUCUCACUUCCGAAUGCAACAGGACCCGACCCACACGCACAAGGGCACUUCAGUUAUAAUCACCAACGGAAGCUGAUGUCUCACUGAGGACAGAGGUUACGGUGGAACGUCGCCGGCAGAGAUAAAGCAGCGAUUUGAACUUGAAGCAAGCAUUGAAGCUGCAUUUGUACUCCCAGUGCUAGCAUGCGUAUAGAAGCACUAAGCUGGGUUUACUGAUCCACUCUGUUUGGGAUCUGGUUCAUACAUACUGCUACUCCAGAUGCACUGCAGAGCAGUCAAGAUUAAUCACUGUAAAGGGUGAGGGAACUGGGUGUAAUUUGGGAUCGCCUUCCCCUCUGCUUGUCUUAGCAAAAUCCUAACUGUGUUCUUUGCCAAGCAGUUUACAAUUCUUUGUUUUCAGGCAGAGUACAAAGGAAUUCUAUCCCUGCUCCAGCCCUGGGCCCAGGGUUCAGUCUGUGCUAAGUAAAUGGUUAAAUGCGAACCAGGGUAUCAUUUUUGUUUUGUCUUCAUUUCACGACAUUUAAUGAACAGUUUUUCAAAAAUGUCAAAGAAAACUGAGAAACCUGGCAGUGAAGUUAGAAACAAGUUAACAACUUCGAUGGUGCAUGAGUAACUCCUUAACUUAGCAAAGUGAUGGUUGUAGUAAACUGAUGGAAUAGGUGUUACAUUCGGAGAAAUAGCCCACAGAUAAUAUGAUAAUGGAUAGCAGGCUGCUAGCUGGUACCAUGAUAGAAAAUUGUCCUUAAGAACAACAGGAAAUAAAGUAUAGUCUACCCCACUAUACACCACCUCUGAAUUUCAGUUCCAUUGAGAAAAGUCUGAAGAAGGGUCUCCACCCAUUCCUUCUCUCCAGAGAAGCUUGCCUGUCCUGCUGUGUUACUCCAGCUUUUUGUGUCUGUCUUCAGUUCCAUUGGGUUGAAUUGAAAUGAGGAACCAGAGCACGUUGCAGCACAGCGGUAGAGCUGCUGCCUCACAGCGCCAGAGACCCGGGUUCGAUCCUGACUAUGGGCGCUGUCGGUGCGGAGUUUGUAUGUUCUCCCUGUGGCCAACGUGGGUUUUCUCCGGGAGCCCUGGUUUCCUCUCGCACUCCAAAGACGUGCAUGUUUGUCGGUUAAUUGGCUUCGGUAAAUUGCCCCUAGUGUGUAGGAUGCAAGAGUGGGAUAACAUAGAAUAACUAGUGUACGGGUGAUGGAUGGUCGGUGAGAGCUUGUGCCAAGGCGUUUCCACGCUGUGUCUCAAAAAACAGUUGUUACUCCACAUGCACAUAUAGCACCAGUAACAAGAGAUAAAUUUCACUGGUAUCAAUGUGGCAACUGAUAUGUCACUUAUGACCGAACUAUUGAAUUUAAAUUUACUGGAAUAUGUUGUACUAGCAACGCGGUGCCCAAACAAAUAAGAGUUCACAUGGAUUUGCGAAAAUGUCCGUGCAUAAAAGAUGGCAGCUGAAACCCUAAAAUUAAAGCUCAUAUUAACAGCGCAGUCUGUUGGCUGUUUGGGGCUGAAAUUAAUAUCGAGGCUCUGAUCACAUUUCAGCUGUUUCAAAAUGUUUAUUUAUGAGGCAACAUACUUCCCGUUCGCAAUUAGAGAAACAAACGCAGCGAAGUAACGGAGCAAAUCAAAACGAAGUCCAAGACAUGUGGCGCACAGCAGACUUUUAUGAGGCAUUUGACAUGUUUUACAAGACAGUUGCUUUCUUUAGCUGGGCUCCCCUCACAUAAAAUGUAACCGUUCCCUCAGUCAGAGGAGGAAGCUUCAGAACAACGUGUAAAAACAGAUUACACGUGUUUUUAAAGGUUUUUUUUGUUGAUGUUGGAGGUUCUUGAGAUACUGAAACCACCUGCACCAACACGUCUACUUUCCGCUCCUAUUACAAGUGCCUGUCCACAUGUAUCUACUUCCCACAGGUAUACAUUCCUACAAUCCCAAAUAUGCACUUGCAAAAUUCAACUUCAAAAGGAAUUUCAUCUCUGCUAAAGUGAAGAGUUACUCCUAGACUUAAUCUUCUGCCAGAUUUUCUGAUGCACACACUCUGCUGUGUGUAAGAAAUCCAGUUUGAGACAUUUUACAAAUUAGUUUGGUUCAGUUUUGUUUAUUGUCACGUGUACUGAGGUACAGUGAAAAGCUUUUGUUGCGUGCUGACCAGGCAGCGGAAAGACAAUAGAUAAUUACAAUCGAGCCAUUUACAGCGUAUAGAUACAUGAUAAAGGGGUCAUAGUUAAAGAAAGAAAUGGUGUUGAAGGAGCAAAGAUUUAACAAUGUGGAGCGAUUGUAAUAUGUGAUUGUAGGUCUGCUUCUGUGGCGAGCACGCAGAUAGUCGCCUGGGUUGGGGGCCAUCUUGGAAACAUCAAUUAUUAUUUGCCCCCCAUUAAGGAAUUGUGGUGAAUUGCUAAAACCCCCUCUGUAAGAACAUUUGACCAGGAAGCCAAGGUUGUCUGUAUUGGCAGGGAAUGGAGCUUAUUAAUUGUUGCUUGGGAAUUAUACGCUCCAACUUCAGAACUGUUCACUCAGUUUGACAUGCCAGGAAGCCAGAAUGUAUUGAAAAGGAUGUAAAGACCAACUGGCUUAAAGAAAUGUAUUUUGUCAGCCAGAAUGCUUCGUACCGAAUUUUGAUCCUCAAGGAAAACUGAUGAAGCCAUUUACGCUCAAAGUUCAGAGGAGUAUUUGGGAGAAUUUUAAUUAUAACAGCAGCACUCCCUCUUACUGCUUGCUGGAAGGGUGGGGGCACGGAGGCACAGUGGCAGAGUUGCUGCCUUACAGCGCCAGAGACUAUGGGUGCUUGUCUGUAUGGAGUUUGUACGUUCUUCCCAUGACCCGUGGGUUUUCCCUGGGAUUUCCAGUUUCCUCCCACACUCCGAAGACAUACAGGUUUGCAGGUUAAUUGGCUUAGGUAAAAAUUGUAAAUUGCCCCUAGUGUGUAGCGUGUGGUAGUGUAACGGGGAUUGCUGGUCGGCGCGGACUCGGAGGGCCAAACGACCUGUUUCCGCACUGUAUCUCUAAA